CCGGGAGAGACUGCCCCAGCGUGUGGGGGCGGAGUCCAGUACGCGGAGGGGGCGGGGCUCCGGCACCGCGGGCCCGGAGCGACCUGAGCUCCUCAGCCGGGCGCCGGAUCCGUCUCCCAGAGGGAUGCAGCCGGGCACCGUGGUCGACUCGCUCCUUUCCGGAGCCUGUGUGCUCUUCACCCUCGGCAUGUUCUCCACCGGCCUCUCGGACCUCAGGCACAUGCGGGUGACCCGGAGCGUGGACAGCGUCCAGUUUCUGCCCUUUCUCACCACAGACGUCAACAACCUGAGCUGGCUGAGUUAUGGGGUCUUGAAGCAAGACGGGACCCUCAUCAUCGUCAACGCUGUGGGUGCUGUCCUUCAGACCUUGUAUAUCUUGGUGUAUCUACACUACUGCCCUCGGAAGCAAGCCUUGCUUCUACAGACUGCAGCCCUGCUGGGGGUCCUUCUCAUGGGUUAUGGCUACUUUUGGCUCAUGGUGCCUGACCCUGACACCCAGCUUCAUCAGCUGGGCCUCUUCUGCAGUGUCUUCACCAUCAGCAUGUACUUCUCACCACUGGCUGACUUGGCCAACGUCAUUAAGACUCAGUCAACCCAGCGUCUCUCCUACUCACUCACCAUUGCCACCCUCCUCUCCUCUGCCUCUUGGACCCUCUAUGGGUUUCGACUCAGAGAUCUCUACAUUAUGGUGCCCAACCUUCCAGGAAUCUUCACCAGCUUGAUCCGCCUCUGGCUUUUCCGGAAGUAUCCCCAGGAGAAAGACAAGAACUAUCGGCUCCUGCAAACCUGAGGCAUCUCACCUGACCACUGGGCACUCUAAUGGCAACCUAAUACCAAAGAGAACCCCUCAUUUCAGCUGUUCCUGUUGACUAGCCCCCCACGGGUAUAGUGGGUUGUGGAAAAGAAAAAGGGAUGACUUUGUGAAUAGAAGAACCAAAGUAAGAGCUUUACCUAGAAGAUGCGGUGGGACCUGGGAGAUGAACUGCUUUUAUUUUUUAGAGAGAUUAUUUUUUUUAAUUUUGGAGGUUGGGGUGAUACCUUUAGAAUGUGCCUUAGAAUAAACUGUUCCUCACCGCUGCCCA